AUGGAGCAACAUCUUAAGCUCUCUGCUGAUUCUGGUGACCCCCUCUCCGAUCCAAGUUCAUACCGCAAGCUCAUUGGUCGCCUGAUAUACCUCACUAUUUCUCGACCGGACAUCACUUUUGCCAUCAAUUUGCUCAGCCAGUUCAUGCAUACCCCUCGGGUCCCUCACUUGGAUGCUGCCACUCGUAACCUUCGCUACCUUAAGGGCUCCAUCUCACAUGGUUUACUGUUCCCUUCUAGUUCAGACCUCACGGUCACCGGUUACACUGACUCGGAUUGGGCUAGUUGCCCAAUGACUCGUCGCUCAACUACUAGUUAUUUUAUUACCCUUGGUGGCAGUUUGGUUUCUUGGCGUACUAAAAAGUAA